GGACUCCCGGUUUCUUUCUCUCUCAUACCUUUUCCCCCACCCAAUUCACCCCCCGACCCGAAAGUCUGCCACCCAAAAUAUCCAUCCCCAAAACAAUGGGCAGUAUUAUUUUUGGGUUGUUUUUUCCUGCCAAUGGCUUUCCUUCUUUUUUUCCCCUCACAAAAUGAGAGAUACAACUAGCUACAAUAAAACCAGCUGCAAAUCCCCCAGUAUUCCAUUCUUAAGUCCACGUUUUCUGUCCAAAUUCAUCUUCUGUUUGAACUGCAAUGAUAUACUGGCUUAAUAAAAUAAUAUUGCACCGCUGCGCCUCUCUUUUAAUUCCUUCUUCCUUAAGAACUUCAUGCGAUUCUUCUUUCCUCCGCCAGAAGGAAAUGAUCGUUUAGUUAAGAAGUUUAUCUUUAAUUUGAAACCCGCGGUUUCUUCAUACAAAUAUUUCUUUUCCUUUGCGCAUAAAUUGGGUUUUCUUUUACAUCUUACAAAUUGAUCGAUCUGGUACAUGUUUCUCUAGCUAUCUUUCUUGUUGGAUUUUUAGACUGUGGAAUUGAAUUUUGGUAAAUGUAUAUGAGAACAUGUUAGGCAUCCCCAGUGUAUGAGAUUUUUUUCCUUGGUUAUUUACUUGUUCAAAAGAUUAGAUUUUUCCAGAAUUUUGGUUUGAAAAUCUUAUGGAGUCUAAUGCCAUGGCUACUGGUCUGUAUUCAAAUAUGGGUCCUGGAAUGUUAGGGCUGGAAAUGUCACUCCAGCCACACCAAUUACAACCGCCGCAGAACAGCCAAAUCAGCCACCACAUGCAACAGCAUCCGCCGCCGCCGCCGCCGACGAUGGUCGGAUUUACCCUUCACGACGGUGGUUCUGAACAAUUGCACCACCCUCAGGCGGCGACGGCCCAGAUGGCUGUAAAACAGAGCUACCCUUUUGCUGCAGCAAAGCCCAAGAGCCAAAGUUUGACCCUCAGCGACGACGACGAGGCUGGACUUGGCACUGAAAACAGCGGCGGUGAUGCCGAUGGGAAGAGGAAAAUGUCUCCUUGGCAGAGAAUGAAGUGGACUGAUAACAUGGUAAGGUUGUUGAUUAUGGUGGUUUAUUACAUCGGCGAUGAAGGUGGUCCUGAAGGGAAUGAUCCGAGUGGGAAAAAGAAGGGCGCCGGCGUUCUGCAAAAGAAGGGGAAAUGGAAAUCUGUGUCGAGGGCUAUGAUGGAGAGAGGAUUUUAUGUGUCUCCACAGCAAUGCGAGGACAAAUUCAACGAUUUGAACAAGAGGUAUAAGCGGGUUAAUGAUAUAUUGGGGAAAGGAACUUCCUGCAAGGUUGUGGAAAAUCAGAGCUUGCUUGAUACCAUGGAUCACUUAUCUGCCAAAACCAAGGAAGAAGUGAAGAAGUUACUGAAUUCCAAGCACUUGUUCUUCAGAGAAAUGUGUGCUUAUCAUAACACUUGUGGUCAUGGUGGCGGAGGUGGUGGUGGUGCUGCUGCUGGAAGCAGCGGUGCUGGUGGUCAGCCAUCACAAUCGCCGGAGGGUUCAAGAUUCGCGAAAGGGGCUAAUCGGGAUGAAGAUGAUGAUGAGGAGGACGAUGAGAAUGAUCAUGAUGAGGAUGAAGACGAUGACGACGAUGAGGACGACGAUCAUCAUCCGAUGGUUGGAGCUGGAGCAAGAGGGAAUCAUGAUCACAGCCAUGAUGCGGAUGACGAUACUCCAAUUGAUGAAAGAUUCGCGAGGAAAAGGCAGCGCAAUGGCGGGUUGAUCUCGCCUGCAAUGCAGCGAUUGAGCACGGAAUUGGCGAGUGUUAUUCAGGACGAAACCAAGAACCCAACGGAGAAAAGGCAGUGGAUAAAGUCUCGGGUGCUGCAAUUGGAAGAGCAACAUGUGGGGUACCAAAGCCAAGCCUUCGAACUUGAGAAGCAGAGACUGAAAUGGGUGAAGUAUAUUAGCAAAAAGGAGAGGGAAAUGGAGAGAGACAAGCUUCAGAAUGAGAGAAUGAGAUUAGAGAAUGAAAGAAUGCUGCUUUUGAUUCGACAGAAGGAGAUUGAGUUGCUUGAUGUAUACCAACAUCAGCAGCAAUUCUCGAGGAGGAAUGAUCCAUCUUCCGUCACUGGAUGAAAAAUUGAAAAUGUAUGUAAACAUGAUUUUAGCUAGUUGGUCCAGAGAUAGCUAGAAAACUAGGUGAUAAUGUCGACUUCCUUUUGUUCUAAGCUUUUAGUUUAUGGAAAAUUUCAUCAACUUCUUUUUUAUUAGAUGUUAAAUCUUUGCUAG